UCAGGGCCUGUCAGGGUCUUGCUUGCUAAGCACUCAUUUCAGGCAUUUUGCAGAUGCUACUCCUAAUGUCGCUUAUGUAAUGACAAGUUAACCUGGGUCCUGAGUGGUACUGCUGUGGCAGGGAUUAGUCUGCUAUGGACGACGACGGCGACCUUGCAAGGGCUAUCACUUUGAGUCUGAUAGAACAUGGGUCUUCUCUGAAUUAUGAUGAUCACUCUCACGAUGGUGCAGAGUUGCAGUUCCAACAAGACCUGCAGCGCGCUAUAGAAGCUUCAAGGUCAGAAUCAAGUACACCUGGACAACCUUCGAACGUUUCUGGUAGUAAUCAAGCGAAAGUAAACGCCACAGCACCUUCACUUCAAACGCAGACUGGAACCUCAACGUCAGCUCCACCGAGCUCCUUUCUCACCGAUCGCGCGCAGUUGGAAAGGGAACGGCUGGCCCGAUUGAAACGACUACGUAGCGAGGAAAACAAAGACUCCUCGCCAAAUAAGAGGCAAAAUCUAUUGACUUCGCAAACGCGUACUGACGAACGAAUACAUACCCCAACUACUUCUUCUGCUAGCUCUUCCAAAGCAAGUAUUGCAGUCAAUAACCAGGACGCCACUACGAACGUGAAGCCUGUGGUCAACACAAACCCCGUAAUCGAUCAACUAUUCUGGGAUGGCGAGCUUCGCCCUACCGCCAACUUACACUCCAUGCCUAGACAAGAUGGUAAACCGACAUUUCGACUCACAGAAGUCCUCGGCCCUAAAUCACAAAUCACUUUUGCCAUCAUUUCGUCCUACUGUAAUUCAGUAUCGUGGAUUUACGAGUUCUUCGAGCCUCGCACACCUGUCAUCAUAGUGGCUCAACCAGACUCGACGGGUCAGGCUGGCAUUAAGAACAUACUACCUAAUUGGGUGAUGACGGUGCCAUUCUUGCGCAACGGGUACGGAUGCCAGCAUAUGAAGUUCAUGCUGAUUUUCUACGAAACCGGUCGACUGCGCGUCGUCAUCUCCACAGCGAACUUGGUAGAUUACGACUGGCGCGAUAUAGAGAACGCUGUCUGGCUCCAAGACGUUUCACUCCGUGCAAAACCCAUUCCCCAGGAUCACAAAGUCAUAGAUGACUUUCCUUCUAUCAUGCAACACGUCCUGCGUGCUGUAAACGUUCGCGACGCUCUAACCAAUAUGUUAACACACGAGCAUCCCAACCUCCCUCUUCAAGCCAUCAGCGACCUACGCUCGAAAUGGGAUUGGUCCAAGGUCAAGGUCAAGUUGAUCCCCUCGAUUGCGGGGAAACAUGAGGGCUGGCCUAAGGUUGUGCAGUCAGGACAUCCGAGGUUAAUGAAAGCCAUCCGAGAUUUCGGGCUUCGAACGGGACAAGGUAAGGCAGCUAAAGAGCUCAUGAUCGAAUGUCAGGGCUCCUCCAUCGGAAAUUACUCCACGCAGUGGUUGAACGAAUUCUACUGGUCCGCGCGUGGCGAGUCCGCUGAGGACUGGCUAGUUGAAACCAAGGCGAGCCGGGCCAAACUUUCGUGGCCGCCGAUAAAGAUAUUGUUCCCGAGUCUACGCACGGUAAAGGAGACCGUCCUUCGCGAACCUGGUGGUGGCACGAUGUUCUGUCGAACCAAUCAGUGGGAAGGGACAAGGUUUCCUCGAGAACUUUUCCACGACUCGAAUAGUCUCGGUGGCAAGGUGCUAAUGCACACCAAGAUGAUCGUUGGCACUUUUCGCCAAAGGUCGACACCGUUCUCACUUCCAUCUUCGUCGUCAGCGGCUACAUCCUCGAAAGGUAAAGGGAAGAGCAGUACCGAACCGAUCACCAUAUCAGAUAGCGAGACUGAAAGCGAGUCGGAGGACGAUCGUGCUGGUGCGCAUGCUGCGGCAUCCUCGCCAAAGGAACCUAUAGGAUGGGCAUAUGUUGGAUCACAUAAUUUUACGCCAUCUGCUUGGGGAACAUUAUCGGGAUCAGGGUUCAAUCCGGUUUUGAACAACGUCAAUUACGAGCUGGGAAUACUAUUCCCGCUGUAUAACGAGCAAGAGGUGGAGAGGGUGUCAUGUUUCAAGCGUCCGCCGAGAAAAUAUGUUCUUGGCCAGGAUCGACCAUGGAUUCAGGAAGAGUCUGGCAUAUUUAUGAGCGGAUAAUUGAUCCGAAUGAGCCUAACGCGAGUUCAAUGCUGACAUUCACAAAAUUCAUGUACCGAGCUCGACUUGCGUGGCGCCGGUAGUACUUGACAUCACAUUUGCCCAGAAACUCGUGUAAGAACUGGUCCUCGAAGCGCAAAUAGAAUGUGUGAUAAAACAUCCGCAAAAAAGAGAGAAUU